AUGGAGAAAGACGCCCAGAGUCAGUCAGAGACUGACAAGCCCAGAUCGGAUCUUGAGCCUCCAAGCCCUACGAAGGAGACCGCUGCACCAGCACCGCCAGCGCCAGCAACGGUGAACCAAGCCAAAGGAUGGCGUUUCUGGGCAGUCUUCCCGGCCUUGUGCGUCACUACGCUUCUAGCUGCGGUAGAGAGCACCGUAGUUGCUACUGCCAUGCCUUUCAUCGCAAAUGAGAUAGGGGCCGGGGAUUCAUACGUCUGGAUAGUCAAUGUUUAUCUUCUGACGAGCUGUGCGUUCCUUCCAUUGAUCGGUCAGCUGGCCAACAUCUGGGGUCGCCGGUACUUGAUGAUUGCUGUCAUCUGCUUGUUCGCUCUUGGUAGCGGCAUUGCGGGUGGAUCUACAAACGUUGCCAUGAUGAUUGCUGGACGUGCUAUCCAAGGCAUGGGAGGUGGCGGUGUCAACUUGGUUAUUAUGUUGAUCGUUGGCGACCUUGUCCCUCUCCGAGAGCGUGGCAAAUACAUGGGCGCCAUCUUCAUGUUUUUCACUCUCGGCACCGCUAUUGGCCCGUUCAUCGGCGGUGCCAUCGUCGAGCGCUCCAACUGGCGGUGGGUUUUCUACCUUAACCUGCCGAUCGCCGGCCUUGCCCUCCUAUUGCAUAUCCUCUUCUUGCAGGUCAAGUUCAACCGACAGGGUUCACUGUCGGAGAAGUUGCGCCGCAUCGAUUAUAUUGGCAACCUUAUACUCAUCCUCUCGAUCGUCUCCGUCCUCAUUGCACUAUCGUGGGGUGGCGCGCGCUAUCCUUGGGCCUCUUAUCAGGUCCUUGUGCCUUUUAUCCUCGGUUUCGUUGGGUUGGCGGCCUUCCACUUCUAUGAGGCGGCCCCAUGGGUCAAGGCGCCAGUCCUGCCUGAGCGACUAUUCCUGCGCCGUACCCCCGCAGCAGCUCUCAUCAUUGCCUUCAUCGACUUUAUGCUGCUUUACUGGCUCAUCUUCUUCUUCCCAGUGUACUUGCAAGCAGUGAAGGGCCUGUCUCCCAUCCAGAGCGGUGUUCAAUUCCUUCCUUCCUCGGCAAUCAGUGUAUUCACUGGCACUGCGUCAGGCUUUCUGCUCAGCAAAUGGGGAAGAUAUAGGCCUAUGCAUUUCGCUUCCUUUGUGCUUAUGGUCAUUGGACUCGGGCUUUUCAGCCGCUUUGACAAGGACACCUCGAAAGCCGAGUACAUUGGCAUUCAGGUCAUUUUUGCACUCGGUCUCGGAUUGUUGAUGACCUCCAACCUGCCGGCUGUACAAGCUGAUCUCCCAGAGGCUGACGCUGGUGUUUCGGCUGCUGCAUUCAACUUUAUGCGCAACUACGGUGCGAUCUGGGGUGUUUCAAUUCCGGCAGCCAUCUUCAAUGCGAGGUGUGAUGCCGAGUCUUGGCGCGUCAGCGACCCUGCGUUGCGGGCCCAGCUGAGCGGCGGCAAAGCUUAUGAUUUCGUCACUCGCUACGCAGAUGCCGCACUCAAUGCCACGUCCAACGUACAGGGCGAGAUUGUCGAGGUCUACACCCGCGCACUGCGCAUGACGUGGCAAGUCUCGUUGGCUUUCGCGCUCCUGGGUUUUCUCCUGGUGUUUGUCGAGAAGGAGAUCUCCCUGAGAAAGACGCUGGAUACGGAAUACGGCCUGAAAGAAAAGAAGAAGCCAGGUGCCGAUGUUGAAGCUGUGCCUACGUCGACAGAGCCCAAGGCCUAA